AUGGCCCCGAGAGGACAUUUUACUACAGGAAGUCUUUCAGCGUUCCUUUUCCUUGGAAUAAUCAGAGGAACUUUCCCGGUGGUUAUGUAUUGCGCGGUACAUUCUUACAACUCACCGAGUCUCGUCUUUCUUCUUCGAACGCCAGGGACUGUAGCGCUUUACAUUGUUUACAUGACCUUCCUUUCAUCAACAAACAGUGAACAUAAAGAAAAUUUCCGAAAUAACUUCAAAUCAGUAAGGAAUCUCUGGAAAUUUGCUGUGAUGGGAUUUGUUCAGUUAGCUGCUCCCUACAUCCUGUUUAUGUACGGCUUGAAAGUGUUAAAUCCUAUUACAGCCGGAGUGUUUAUGACAGCAGCUCCGUGGUUUUCAAUUCUUUUAGAGAGACUGCCUUGUGGCAGGGUGAGUGUUUAGAAUUAUACAUUUCUUGUUUGCUUGUUCCAAAGUGUCACAGAUUAAAUCGAUUUCCUACAAACGACGACCUGAAAAAGAUUCACGUUGUUUUGUAGGGUUUGAAACAUACGUGUCUAAAAUGAACUUAUCAGUUGAGAAUGGUUCGUCUAGUAGUCGACAUGCUGUGAUUGUUUCGAGUUAGGAUGCACGCGAGAAUUUUGAGGAGUCGAGAGAGCGUAGGGAGUUAUACAUGUAAAUUUACCCCAACAAUCAACGAUCUGAAGUAGAUUUUUUUUGUAGAAAAUUGAAAAAUUCGUAUCGAAAAUCUACUUUUCAGUUGAGAAUAGUUCGUCUAGUAGUCACGCAGUGUGUAUUUAUCGAGUUCUGUUUGCACGCGAGAAGUUUGAGGAGCCCGAGAGAGCGUAUAGAACUAUACAUGUACAUAUAUAUAUAUAUAUAUAUAUAUAUAUAUAAAUAGAUCAACGUUUUUUAUAGAGUUUUAGAGAUAGAUGCCCGAGAUGUGCUUUUUAGUUGAGAAUUGGUUCGUGUAUUUUGUGUGCAAUGUUCAUUUAUCUGGUUCAGUAUGGACGAGAGAACUGAGUUUGUAGCGCUCGGGAGAGUGAAGGGGGAUUUCACGACAAAACUUGAUGGGAACUUGGCUGCUAAAAGACAACUGCAAAUGUCAUGUCUUGUUUGUGUAGCACUAAACAGUGCAACUAUAGAGGAUUACAUUCCAGGGCAACGGUAAAGGAAUUAAAUGGGUCUGCGAGCAUGGGCCAUUUUAUAGCAGUUUAAUUUCCUUUCUUUAUUAUUUUAAUUUGGUUAAGAUCAAAGACCAGUCUUAUAAUAGUUUUUUUCAUCAGAGCUAGUUGAGCUGGCAGUUCUCCAAUUUCAGUGAAAAAAAAACCAACAACAACAUUGACAAAUCUGAGGUACAUCAAUGAACAGUUUAAGACACUUUCUUUCCUCCAUCACUGCCACCUACAUUUUUCCUCCUCAUCUGGAUUUUUAAACUUCUUGCUUCUGUCCUUAGAGGCAAUAAGGAAUGGAUUGAUUAAUGCAGUGUUGUAAAUAUGUAUCUUCAACCAGAACAUGGAAAGUGAAAUUUCAUAGUGGCAUCAAUCAUGCUUUUACUGUAGAAUUUCCAUCUCUUGUUGUACAAGCCCUGGGUUAAGUAAUGUGAAUUUUUUUUUUUCACAUAUAGUCUAUAAAGGCUCCUUAAUUAAACAAAUUAUACAGGGAUUCCAUUUUUUUCUGGUGUGACUGAUCAUUUCAGAGGGUGCCAGAUUGUGGAAAGAACUUCACUCAGUGGUGCACUGUGCCUGUGGUUCAUGUGCUGCUUUGUUCAGUUCUUGCCACAUCUUGACAUAAUGUCAGUGUUAUCAAUGGAAUCCACUUCAGUUGUUAGAUAGAAACAAUCCACCAUUUUAACCCCACUAGCAUUCCCAAGAUCUCAUCCAUAAUAUCUAUACUAUCUGCUAUAUAAUUCUUGUGAUUUUAGUUGGAAGAAUCUGGUUUUAGAUCAACUUAUGAUAUCCUUAUUGAUACUUUUCCAUAAUCUCAUCACUUGUCUGCUUGAUAUUGUAUUGAUAUUGUAAGAAGAAACUCUGUCUUGGUUACUCAUAGAACUUAACCUUUUAGCUCUACUAUGAGUAUGCAUAUUCUCUAUACUCGACUCUAUUCAUUUCCCAAGGCAUUGACAAGGAGAAAUUCUUUUACGAUCAAAAGCUUCUUCAGUUGGUGAUCAUUUGCUUUAUUCUUAUGACCGUAAUGUGUGAUUCAGGGGUGACAUUAGAAGCUAGUCACUCUUAGGGGUUUAAAGGUUAAAGGGUUAAAUGAUAUGAGAUACCAGCUGAAAGAUAUCUCAAUGUUUGUCUUGCUUUUAUUAUUUUUUUUAAAUUUCAAUCUUUGUCUUCUUCUAUGCAUUAAGUCCACAUAUCAAGUUUCUGCAAGCAAACUUGGUGCAAUUGUCAUUGGAUCUAUUGGAAUCAUUUUGGUCUCAGCUUCAGACAUUGGUUUAGCUGCAAAGAAUCCCAAAUCUUGUCUACCAAAUGGCACUACAGUACCAAUGAACAUCAGUGACAAUACAACUGUGUCACCCUCAGUAAAUGAAGAGAACAUGUCUAAAUGUACCCCAUUUUCAGCUGCAGAGUUAGCUGGAUCUUUACUGGCUCUUUUGGGUGGAUCAGUAAUGUGGUCAAUGAGCUCAAGUAAGUAUUUUUUUCUUAAGGUGUUUCUUAUUUAUUUUUCUGUUGACUUCAGAUAUAUAACAAAAAGAAAUUAAGAAAUAUCUUAUUAGAGAGCUUGGUUUUGGUAUUUGCAGAUUUUUGGGAAUAUAAACACUCUUCCUUCUUUUAGUGUGAAGAACAUGUAACAUUUCAUUUAAUGUUUCUCUGCUAGCUGACACAUCUGCAAAGACCAAAACUAGCUUCUAGAUAUAAGAUAUCUGUUUAGUACCUAUAUCACUACGCCAGUCAGUCUUGAGACAAUUUCUCCUCUAAACUCAAAACAGAAUCAUAAUAAGACGCCUAAAGAUUAAGAAGGUUUUUUUUUUUUUUUUUAGUUCCAAGCAAAUUUUUAAAUACUGAGAAGAAUCAUUUUUUCAAAGCUUGAAGGGCUGAAAUAGGCAAUUGAUUAGGAACAUUUAAAUCGGGUCACAUGUCAGAGAUCCCCAAAUUCCCAAACCAAAGUGGACAGAAUACCACAUUUUAGAUCUAAUGAAUUGAUAACCCAAUGAGGAAAGGAGACAAAAGAGAAUUUAAAAACUGUCAUCAUGAAACACAGAGCAAAAAAUUGAGAAAGGGUUAGGGAAGGAAGCUACUCUCUGAUGUUCCACAGGAGGUUCUCUUGUGAGCCCAGCCAAUAGUCAGUCAUCAUCUGGAGGAAUCAUACAGUUUUUAUUGAGACUAUGAAGCCAGCCUUGAAAAUAAUUGAUGUCAUUUCCAUAUUCUUUAAUGGUGUUUAGUUUCUCAUUGUUUUUUGAAAUCUAUCAGGAGUACUUGAGUGUUCUGUAGGAGAUUAGCUGCUGUUUAUAUGUAUAUAUACUACUACUUGACCUGCCAUCAUUAUCCCGAUAUAUUAGCAUAUGAAUAAAUGGUGAUGAAACUGAAUUGCUUGUUCAGGUUGAACAAAUAGAUUGAUUAUACAAUGUAGCUUGUUUUAUUUUAAAGAGUGUCUCUGAACCACAUUUGGCAAGAUUGCCCACACAUUUGGGUUUCUCAAAAGAGAAAUACAAGAUAAUUAAAACAGCUAUAAUGGUUCUUUUGCAGUAUUUUGGCGCUCCAAGAGAGGAAACAUUCACUAUGUCAGUGGUGGUAUUGGUAACAAUAUUUUUGGUGGGAUCUUUGCUCUGGGACUUUUCUUUAUCAUGCAAAAACAUGAGGAUUAUGAUCAGGUAAAGUGCAGAUAUACCUUACAUCCAGAGGUUAUGAUGGUUCUCAGGUCCAAAGGAUUUUAAUUAGUUCCAUCUGUAUUUUCCUGUGCACCUGAUACAUUGCCAGAAAGAAAAUGCAAAGAUGGAUUUGUUGUUAUUUGAGCAUGUCAACUUUUGAAUUUAGCAUAAUACUCUAUCUUUCUCCAAAAGCACAUCACCUAGGUUACAUGCUUCAGCUGCCACAUGUAGCUGUAAUAUGUGUGCGUUUUUUUAAUAACAUUUGUAUAAUCUUUAAUUGCUUGCAAAUGAUAGUUAGAAUAGCUUGUUGUUACCACCCACAAGAGGCCUUUGUUUUACAAAGGUUACCAGUAAGCUCAGACCUUGUGUGAUGCAUCUUGUGUUUGUGGUUAGUAUGGGUUAUAGCGGUUCCUAGGCCUUUUGGUAACAUAUGUUAAGGACAUUAGAUUACCAUUAUAUGUACAAUGUAAACAGAUCAUUAUUUUGUUCAUCUUUGUAGAUAAACUGGGGGGAUGGCAAGGCAGUUUUCUCAAUAAUUUUCCUUACUUUGAUAUCUGGAUGGCUGGCUGCACUGCUAGUGGAUUACAUGAUGAAUGAAGUUGGUAAGGAUGUUAAGUUACCUGUUAUUCAGUUUUUCAAUAGUGAUAUCUUCAUCUCCCACAAUCACUCAUGUCAUCCCUCUUGGUUCCGGAAUCCCUUUAUGGUCCCAGUCAAUCAGUACUUAAUUUUUUUUCACGGUUUAGUUCUUGUAACGACUUGUAGAUUUGGUUUGGAAGAGUAGAUUUUAAAGAUUGUUGAUGUUGUUGUGAUGUGACAUCCAUGCGCACGCAGUAGCAAAUUUGUCAUACUAGUAUCAGUCAUGGAAAUAUUACUGUUCGCGUUCCUAUUUUGCAGUGAAAGAAAAGCGCACAGACUUAACGAAAUGUCAGAGCGAAUUCUCUAUUUUAAUCUUAAUAGAAUUUUCAGGGCCAAACAAUCGCAUACGCCGAAACGAUAGAUAUCCCGUAAAUUCGACGAAUUGUUUCAGAAUUUUCGCGGUGACCUAGAAUUCUUCAUUUUUCGUUGAAAAGCCCCGAGACUCGUAACUUUCACCCAAUUUUAAUCUCAUUGCUCUUCUUAAUAUUAUGAAUUAACUUAAUUAUGGCAUUAACGUUUAGGGCCGUCGGAGUCAGUUUAUACCAAAUUUGUGCUUACUGACCCUGCGUUAUCUCUUAGGGGCUGUGGUGACUAACCGCGUCUUAUGCAUGGUCCCAAUAGUAGUCUGGUUCGAGGACUGGAUAUUUGUCAGAGAAUUUAAGAUGCUAGAUGUUGGGUACAUUAUUUCCGAGGUUGUAGGUAAGUCGGUAACGAUAAACAAAUCUUCGUCUAGUGCAACAAUUUGUACAGCAGGAGGCUUUUAGUUCAAAAUCUAGCCACCUUACCAUGUGGCCCUCUUAAGCGACAUUCUAAUAAAGAGGUAAUGGUGAACUUAAAUGUUGGCCAACGUAAAAAGUUUAAAAGCUGGCGUUUCGAGCGUUAGCCCUUCGUCAGAGCGAUUUGUCCUGUUAUAUAUGUACUCUCCCACCGACGCAGCACCACAGUUUCCUUAGGAACUUCAUCCCUUUAUUGUUAUUAGAGUUUUGUAGCCGAUAAUAGAGAAAGGACGAUUCCACUUGGUUGUUACACUCGUCAUCGUCAUCGGCAGUUUUAUCAUCAUCAUUUUCAUCUCCGUACUCGUCAUCAUCAUCAUCAUCAUCAUUACUGUCAUUAUCGUCAUACUGUUAUUACCACCCUCGUCGUAAUUUUCAUCAUUAUUAUCGUAAUCGCCAUUACAUAGCCGAAUAUCAUCUACUUUCCACCACUUCACCAACGUGACGAUUACAAUAAACAAUCGAUUAUCGUUAUUAUCCAUGUGAAAUUUGUUAUCAACCUCUGUGCCCUCAGGUAUAGUACUUGUGUUGGUUGGUCUAACUAUUUCCAGUCUGGAGCCUGAGAAUUUGCCAAGUGUGCUUGGUAGACCGCUAUUAAGCGACAAGGAACAGGUAAGGUGUCCUUAAUACAGUCAUGUCAUUGCAUUUCGUUGAUUCUACAGUCCCCCGAGUAGUCAAGACUUCAGUUAAUCUAUACAGUUUACAAAUGAGUGCUUGAUUCCGUAUUAAUAGCUGCUUCUUAGAGGUCGGUUCUAAUAUUUUCAGGAUUAUACAGAACUUAACUUCGGAAUUUUGAUAAUUGACUGCCGUAAGGGUAAUACUCUUGUUAGUACUGGGUGACCGCUUAGAGGUGGUUUUCAUAUUUUGGCGUGAGGAGAGGGCAGGGACGGUGCCGAGUUUGGAGCACUCAGCUCCGAUUCCUCUGAUCCAGGUUGGGGUGCAGUCUGAAUUUAUCUCUACUCCUUGAUCCGAGAGGUUUUCCUCAGGUUUCCGCGUCUAGUCCAUUUAAAGCUGGGAUCCGUGGACGAAAAUCUAGUUGGUUGAAAUACUACUGUUACAUUCUGUGUGGUUACUUUUUUAUCGCUGAAUUAAUUUCAUUGGGUUUAAAAGCAAAUUCGACAUUGACAGAAGUUUGUCUAUACUUUUGUUGCAGUCAUGGGAUAGUACACAGUUCUACGAGAACGUUCGUAUAGUUGACGAUGGCACGACUUCCGAUGAAGAGGUGAGGACCCCCAAUUACCUUCAGCAGUCAAAGUCUUUCCCACCUUUGGUGAAAAUAACGGAUCAGGAUCAUUGACACUCAGUGAGGGAUGCAUUAUCAGCCUCUAAAUGCUCAUUGCUAUGUAAUUAAGAGCGCAAGAUACUAGUAUAAAGGAAGUACAGUUUCUAAGGCAUUGUUGGCGGAGAAAGAGAUCGCAGGUUUUCAGUCUGAAACAACACCACAGAAUGAGUGUAAGCAAUGAAAAAUACAACCAUGUGCUUCAUUUGAAGUCCAGGAAACAUUUGCUUUAAACAACAACGUUUUUGUACAACUUUUGAAAACGAAAGAGAUUGAAUUAUGCUACGCCAAAGUACGGGUUCAUUAUCAGGGACUUCUUCAGAGCGAUAUAAAUUAGUUCGGUAUUAAACAGAUAUUUUAUUUGUGGAAAUUAAUUAUAAGGCUUUUUGUAAUAGCCUUGUACAGCUGUAAAUAUUCUCAGACUGUUUAGAACAUAUUCCUGUCUGAGAAAGCCUUUUUCUGAAGAGUGGAAUUUUUGUAAUCAAAGCAACUGUCUUCAUACAUCACAUAGCUUUGCUUUUAUAGAUUUCUAUUGAAAAUUGGUGGUAGUGUGAAAUCUCUUUUUCGUAUAUGUAAGUGUAAUUACUAACAAUUAAGUGAUUAAAAGGAACCUUAGCGUCAAUAAGUAACCUUUUUUCAAAAUGGAAAAUUCAAUUGAAUGAUUAUUUAAAAUAAAAAUCAUUUCCAUGGUCCAAAUGGUUAAGACUGAAACGCAUUAUAUUGCGCUCUAUUCCCAAACUUUUCGAGAAAACGAUAAGAAAAGUUAUGCACUCCAACCGUUUCCGGCACAAAGAAUUGAAUUUCAAAUAUUUUUAAAAUACUAUAGUUGGGGCCAUAAUACUGAACAUUAUGAAGAUAUCAAAUGAUCUUCAAGGAUCAAUGAACCAUUUCUGAGAUGCCCUCUCUUUUGAAAUGAGGCCAGGUUGGAAGCCUUUCAUUUAAAUUGCAUCGUUUUAUGGACCCACAUAGCUCUUAUAAAAAUGACGCACAAAGGAUUUGUCUUAUUUAUCUUUACUCCAACACUUAGAGCUAAUACUUCAAUAAAUAUUUGCAAUAAUGCAAAUACAAUUUUGAAUCAAGGAAUACCUAUUGCCAACCAGUGGAUAAAAUAAUCUAGAAAUGAAAUAUGUCUGUUCGCUUGCAAUUAGUAGUUUUGUAUCAAAACUUGCGAUGUAAUGAUAAAAGCAUGUAAAAAUGUUUAAAGUAGUGUC